AUGUCCAACAAUCACAGUCACGCGGCCCAGCAGGGUAGCAGCGAGGACUCGCCGCUCCUCCCCACGUCCGCUGCCCACGGCAUAGGCGGAAUCGCUGCCGAAGGCGAAAGCGGACGGCAUGGGUUCGACCCGCGCCAAUUCUUCAUCAUACUCUGGCGAAGCUCCUGCACGGCUUCCAAACUGGUCAACUUGCUCUGGCCUUUUGUCCCGGUCGCACUGCUGCUGCACAUCUCCCCGGGCCUUCAAUCAUGGAAGUUUGUGACGGCCUACAUUGCGGUCAUCCCGUCAGCGAAUCUGCUUGGCUUUGCAGGCCAGGAGUUUGCGCGGAAGAUGCCCAAGGUCGCCGGCAUACUCAUCGAGACGACGUUUGGCUCCAUCAUUGAGAUCAUCUUGUUCAUUGUCCUAAUCAGCAAGCAUCGAUCGGACUCGACUGGCAACGGCGACGAGGGGAACCUGAUCCCGAUUAUACAAGCUGCGAUUCUCGGAAGCAUCCUCACUAACCUGCUGCUCUGUCUCGGCUUGUGCUUCUUCUUCGGCGGCCUUCGCAACGCCAGCCAGAAAUUCCAUGCCAUCGUUUCCGAGGUCGGGACCGGACUUCUCCUCGUGGCAGCCUUUGGCCUGCUGAUUCCGAGCGCCUUUUACUCAGCCCUCAAGGCAGAGGUGGUUCCCGAGAUCCCAGGAUUCAGGCGUCCGGACGAGGCAUUCACCGAGACUAAGCUCCGUGAAGAUGUACUGCGCAUCAGCCAGGCGACCUCGAUUGCUUUGAUGGUGGCCUUCUUGUUAUACACGUGGUAUCAGGCGAGCAGUCAGCAUAGCAUCUUCGACGAGGUGAUCGAACAGGACGAGCAUCGCGACACCGACAGACACGAGGACAUGGCCAAGCCCAAAUUCACCAUGACGGAAGCGCUGCUGGCGAUUGGACUGUCGCUUAUUCUUGUCACGGUGCUGCUCAUCCUUCUCGUCGAGCAGAUCGAACACGUCGUAGAGAGCGGCGUUCCUGAUCAGUUCCUUGGUCUCAUCCUGCUCCCUCUUGUGGAGAAGUCUGCUGAGCACCUGACCGCCAUAGAUGAAGCUUGGGAUGGAGUCAUCAAUGUCGCACUAUACCAUUGCCUUGGCCCGUCCAUUCAGACUGCUCUCUUCAACGCGCCCCUGGUCGUGGUUGUCGGCUGGAUCAUUGGCAAACCCAUGGAUCUCAACUUCGAGAUUUUCAUGGUGGCGCUACUCGUUCUGUCGAUUCUCGUCGUUGGCAACUUCCUUCGCGAUGGCGAGUCGAACUGGCUCGAAGGCGCUCUGCUAGUGAUUGUCUACAUCAUCAUCGCAAUCGCCUGCUGGUAUUAUCCCAACCCCGAUGUGGCGACGUCGAACAGCAUACCGGGACUGCGACUAGACAAGGCGACGCUUGGGGCUGAUGGCGUUCGGGAAUUGCGACAGCUGCUCUCGCAGGAGCUGUAA